GCCCGCUGCCCGCCGCUCGCGCGGGGAACCAUGGAGGGAGUGAGCGCGCUGCUGGCCCGCUGCCCCACGGCCGGCCUGGCCGGCGGCCUGGGAGUCACGGCGUGCGCCGCGGCCGGCGUGCUGCUCUACCGGAUCGCGCGGAGCAGAUCCACUCUAGCCCUUCAGCUCCUAACCAAGCCCCACACUCUGGGUCCUCGCUGAGCACGCGCAGAAGGCCACCACUGUCCGCACGGGCUGGGAGCCUGAAUUCCGCUUCCCUGGGCUAGUUUGCCCUGCCUCCAGGCGCUCGCGAUGGCUGUCUGUUCCUGCCCCCACCUGACUGCUAUCUCCGGACUCUGCUGCUCCGCAUUGUGUCCAGGAUCUUAUCUUCUGCCAGCAUAUCCCUGCUCAGGGCCUCAGGGGCCUCCCGUGGCACCCAUGGGUGUUUGUUGGAUUAUCUCCUUUCUGGGGUUUGGAGACGGAGAAGAGCAGCCUCCCGGGUUAAGUCGCAGAGCCUCAUCCUGGCGUCCAGAGUCCCUGUCUCCCGCCCACCUCUGGCCACACACUCCGGCUGCUAGCUGAGGGGCCACCACUCCCUGGAUGCACGCUGGGUGUCCCCUCCCCCUUCGGCCCGGCAGCCCCGCCUGUUUGAAUGCCAUCUGCUCAUUGUGCCCUGCUGACCAGCAAACCCGUUCCUUAGGGUAACGGCAAAUGCUCUGCGUGUUGGCCUCCUGUGACAUCUGUGACCAGCUGCCCUGUGAACUUGUCGUUCUCGUCCUCUUGUCCAGGAUGAAGCCGACACACACCAUCGUCAACUGCUGGUUCUGCAACCAGGACACGGUCGUGCCGUACGGGAACCGCAACUGCUGGGACUGUCCGCACUGUGAGCAGUACAACGGCUUCCAGGAGAACGGCGACUACAACAAGCCCAUCCCCGCCCAGUACCUGGAGCACCUGAACCACGUGGUGAGCAGCGCGCCCCGCCCCCGCGCGCCCGCGCAGCCGCAGCAGUGGGUGAGCAGCCAGGUGCUGCUCUGCCGGAGGUGCAGCCACCACCAGACCACCAAGAUCAAGCAGCUGGCCGCCUUCGCGCCGCGUGACGAGGGCAGGUACGACGAAGAGAUUGAGGUGUACCGCCACCACCUGGAGCAGAUGUAUAAGCUGUGUCGGCCCUGCCAGGCGGCCGUCGAGUACUACAUCAAGCACCAGAACCGCCAGCUGCGCGCCCUGCUGCUCAGCCACCAGUUCCGGCGCCGGGACGCCGACCAGACCCACACGCAGAGCUUCUCAUCCGCGGUGAAGGCCCCGGUCCAGGUCAUCAUGCUCCGUGCCCUCGCCUUCCUGGCCUGUACCUUUCUGCUGACCCUUGCACUCUAUGGCACCAGCAACCCCUUUGCCCCAGAGGCCACCCUGCCCCCAGCCCUGCUGCCUGGUGGCAAUGGCUCAGCCUCACCCGACAACAGCACCGCCCCGGGGGCCGAGGGCUGGCAGCAGCUGCUGGGCCUGCUGCCCGAGCACGCGGCAGAGAAGCUGCGCGAGGCCUGGGCCUUCGGGCAGAGCCACCAGAUGGGCGUCGUGGCCCUGGGCCUGCUCACCUGCCUGCUGGCCAUGCUGCUGGCUGGUCGCAUCAGGCUCCGGAGGAUCGAUGCCUUCUCCACCUGCCUGUGGGCCUUGCUGCUGGGGCUGCACCUGACCGAGCAGUACCUGCAGGCCGCCUCACCCGGCUGGCUGGACACGCUCAAGUUCAGCACCACGUCCCUGUGCUGCCUGGUGGGCUUCACGGCAGCAGUGGCCACAAGGAAGGCGACAGGCCCGCGGAGGUUCCGGCCCCGAAGGUAUUUCCCGCGCGACGCGGCCGGCCUUUUCCCCGCGAGCCCCAGCCUGGCUGUGCCCUGCCCGAGCACGGGCCCUUCGCCGUCUCUGUUCAUCCCCACCGCACCCGGCUUCCUGCCGCUCGCCAACCAGCAGCUGUUCCGGUCUCCUCGACGGGCCUCACCCUCGUCGCUGCCAGGCCGCCUCAGCCGGGCCCUCUCGCUGGGAACCAUACCCUCCCUGACGCGGGCAGACUCGGGGUAUCUGUUCAGUGGGAGUCGCCCCCCGUCUCAGGUGUCUCGAUCUGGAGAGGUUCCUGUUUCAGAUUACUUCUCUCUGCUGUCGGGAUACUGCCCCUCUUCCCCACUCCCUUCCCCGGCGCCUUCCGUGGCCGGCUCCGUGGCCUCCAGCUCUGGCUCUCUGCGUCACCGCAGGCCCCUCAUCAGCCCAGCCCGGCUCAACCUGAAUGGGCAGAAGCUGCUGCUGUUCCCGUCACCCCCCGGGGAGGUCCCCAACACACCCAGCAGCUCAGACGAACACUCGCCCCACAACGGCAGCCUCUUCCCCAUCGAGCCGCCCCAGGUCCCCCAGAGAUCGCCGGCACAGGACACGAAGCUCACAGUGGACAUGAGGUCGGCGCCAGAAAGAGGCAGUGCCUGCAGUAGCCGGUCCAUCAAGAAAGAGGACGACUCAUCUCAGUCGUCCACCUGCGUGGUGGACACCACCACCCAAGGGUGCGCGGAGGAGACCGCCGCCUGGCGAGGUCGUUUCAGGCCCUCCCUGGUCCGGGGCCUCCUGGCUGUGAGCUUGGCCGCCAACGUGCUCUUCACCUCGGCCUACCUGUACCAGGUCCUGCGCUGACCUGCGGUCCGCGGCCUCCCAGCGCCCAGAGGGGCUCGGAGGCGCCCAGGUGCAUGCUGCUCCCACCACUGCCGGCCUCGGAGCCCCCCCAAGGGGCUGCCUCCGCUGUCCUCUCCAGGGCCCUUGACCUCGCUGGGCCAGUCCUGUCCUAGGGAUCCCUCCUCCUCACCUAACAGGCCGCAGGGCUGAGCGUGGUCCGUGAGGUCACUCUCCUCCCUGCCUGUCUCCUCAGCUGACGUCACUUGUGUUUGGUGCUGACCCUGAUCCCGAAGCCAGGGAUCCCCGAGGGGCGGCAGGGCCCUGGGGCCCCCUCCCCCACUGCCCAGCCCGCCGGGCAGGACUACUACUACUGUAAGUGCAGCAGGAGCUGGCUGCCUCCCGACGCUGCGCUGCGGGCCGGGACCACGUCUCCGUACUGUGCUCUGAUCCCACGCAGCCGCCUCAGGUUCCGUGGGGAGGAGGGAGCGACGGUCCCUGUGUCACUCCUCCUCAGUCCUGCCCGGGGAAGAACAGAGCCCUGGGGCAGGCCCCCUCAGGACGGGCAUCCCCUGCCCCUGUCUUGCCCUGUCCUAUCAGCUCUAGGCCCGGCCUGCCCUCUGGCUCUUCUGGCUGGGCAGGUGGGUGCCCGGGGUCCCCAACCCAGGGCCCCUCAGAGUUCUAGUGUAAGCACCUCCGCCCACCCCCGCCAGCCUCCCUGCUGCCCUCUCGUGCCCCCAUUUUAUUACCUCUAGUGACCUUCCCAGGCAGCAGCCCCGUGACACUGAGAACACUACCCAGGGCCCACCCACCUCCCUUCCAGGCCUGCGCUUCUGGGCCCCUCCUCCAUGCACUGCCCACAGGGGCCUCGCUUGAGCCCUCAGCCUGCAUCGCCCUGCAGGGCGGGCCCGGGACAGCCUGCGGGUCUCUGAGGAGACCGGACCCCGCCCCUGCCCUGCCACCAACCUGGCCCCUUUUGGCCCCCGAGGCCCUGCUUCCUUCCUCCCUUUCGUUGUACUGUCACUGUGGGCUCAGUGUGACCUCGGUCUCCAGGCCACCUCGGCUGGCUUUCUCUCCCACCCCCCUCCCCUCAGGCCCUGCCGCUGCCGUGCCGACUGCUACCACAGAUUUGCCCCCCACCCCUGCCUUUGGGCCGGGGUCCUGUCCUGCCCCGAGCAGAGGAAGGGGGGCCCUUGGUCUGGCGCAGGGACACACCCCCCUCCCGCCGUGCUGUGAGGAACGAGUGUGCGUGUGCCUGUGGCCCUCAGAGUCCCCCCGCCCCCGCUGCCCUGGGCCCGGGCCGCGGGCCUGGGCCGCGUGUGUGUCCUGCAGGCGCCCGCGCCCCUCGGGGGGGGCCUGGCGGUCUUGGUGAAUUCUGAGACUGCCUGGUGGGAGGGUGGUGGUCAUGAGGGCAGGAGGAAGGGUCUUUACCAUUCAGGGAUAAAGUUUAGUUUUAUUUUUCUAUACAUUGUUGCCAGGUAAGGCAUUCUGCGGGUCAGCAGGAUGCCCUCAGUUCUCCCUGCCAGGGAGCUUUCGUUUUUUUAAGCCUUGGGUGCUUUUUUAGUAAUUUUUUUUACCAUGUGGGGAAGGAGUUGCUCUGACUUCCCCCUCUCUCCUCUUCCCCCCACUCCUGUCCUGAGAGCUCUUUCCUGCCCCGUCUCCCACCCCAGCAGCUGGGGCCUGGGGGGCCAGGGGCCACACCAGGACCCCGAGUCCCACUGCCAGAAAUGAUGCCAACAUGGAGGUGGUGCUUUGGGCCUCCGUUUGUAGAGUGGGCAUGCGUGUCAAGUUUUUUAAUUUUGUUUUUUUUGCCUAACAAAGCCGAACUCCAUUCCCGAAUACCCUUCCUCUGUGGCUCUGAGGAAGCCCCAACACAGAGUGCCCGCCCCUCUCCUCUCGCCCCUCCUGGCACCCCGCAGGGGCAGGGGAGAAGCAGAGUGGGGAGGGGGGCUUACUUAUGUUUUCUUUCAAACAAAAAACACAACCUUAUUUUUCUUUACAAAAGCAAAAAAGGAAACCAAAAAAGAUACCAACCUUUGAACUAUAUA